AUGCCAAGUAUUGAAAAGCCAACACAAGAACCAGAAGUAAACACAAGUCAACUUAAAUCUCCUCUACACUCCCUCCAACUGGAACUACAGGAAAACAGGGAGCUUGCAGCAAAUAUUCCAGGCAGCUCUAGAAAUCUGGUCCUAUAUAUUCUAAUCACUACCCAGAGCAAACCUCCAUCCAUUGGGCUGCUUAGUAGCAGCCUCUCUGAGGUACUUCAAGAGGCCAGGAUAGGUUUUCUAUCUCAAGAUGUUGACCUGAGUGUCAAUGUACCAGUACCUGAUGAUACUUCUAUUGCUGCAACAAAAGGAACAAUGCUGUCAGGAAUGCUAUAUGUUUCAUGGCUCAACAAGGAGUAUCAGCCCCAGUACAAGUAUCCCACUCUAGCAGAGAUUGAGCUGCCUGAUCCAACAUCUACAACAUACAAGCAGGUUGACAUCAACCCUGAUCUAACAACCAAGCAAAAGGAUGCAUUGGAAUUACUCUAUACCUAG